AUGUCAUCACACCAGCAGAGGUUUCAUCAAGCCAGGCAGACGGGAUUCUUUGCUGUAAGAGCUGUGAACAGACCUCCACAGGACAUUUACACGGCAGCUCCAUGCAUGUUGCAGGAUGACGUGGAUGAAGAUAUCACCCAAAUCCCCAUCAUAAAAGAGGCUGCUGGUAAGAUUUUGGACACCAGUAAGAACACUCUGCAGAAGACGCUGGUUCUGAAAAAGGAGGUGGAGUAUGACCGCGUCAGCCAGGAACUGGUCCGCAAACGUCAGGAGUUCAGCCAGCGCAUGCAGGAGCUGGAAGCGCAGAGGGAGGAGUUAACGCUAAGAGAGAAAGAGUGUGCAGAUAAAGCUGCAAAGUUUGAAAAGUUCCUAAAGGACAGCGAAGCCAAACAGCGCCGGGCAACGGUGAGAUACCAAGCAGAGUCCCGGCAAAAUGAUCUGCGCAAAGCUGAAAUCCACCAACUGGCAGAGCGACUUGAAGAAAAGAGAGUCAGACAGCAGAAUCUUCAUGAACGGAUGAAGAGGAAUAAAAUCUAUGAAGAGUUCUUGUUGAAGAUGGUGGAGAAAGUCCCAGACAAUUAUUUGGAAUACGGAAUGGAUUCUCCGGUGAAAGCCAUUAUCAGACGCUACGAGACGCUGUCCUUUACCAACGGGAAUCUGGUGAAUAACCUGACGGUGCUGGCGGACGAGCACGAGGUCGCGCAGUACAACCUGGAGGCGCUAAAGAGGAAGCACGACACGUCCAAACUGACAAUGACCAGCGAGCUGUCCCAGUUGCAGUUGGAUUAUGACAGAUUGCGGGAAAGAAACAAACAGCUGGAAUUGACCUUCAACGUGGAGAAGAGCCAGUUCAGGAACCAGAGUGUUGAAAUCGGCAGCCUGCUAUUGGCCGUGAUUAACCUGGCCGAUCAGUGUCAUAUGAAACACUAUGGACCUCUCUCCGAAGUAGACCUCGCCGAGAAGCUGGACAUGGUCAAAGAAUACAUUCUGGAGAAAAUCCAGGUCGAGCGUCUGGCCAAAAAGCCGUACGAAGAGCUCCAGGCAUUGUCCAAUCCGGAGGAAUAUCUGAGGCGGCAGAAGAAGAAGACGGCCAAUAAGGAGCCUCAGAGGAAGAAAGGAGCCAAUAAGGUCGUCGCCGUCCAGAACUGA